GUAACGGAGCUGGCUCCCCUUGGCUCUUUAUACGACACUCUGCGUCUACGACAGGGAGAAUAUCCUCUUUCACGACUCUGGCUCUUCAGCACACAGAUUGCUGCAGGUAUGGAGUACCUAGAGUCCAGACGCUUCAUCCACAGAGACCUCGCUGCCCGGAAUGUGCUCUUGGCUUCUAGAGAACUAGUGAAGAUUGGAGACUUUGGUCUGAUGAGAGGCUUGGAUCCGGACAGGGACCACUAUAUCAUGACGGCACACAAACGCAUCCCCUUCGCAUGGUGUGCUCCUGAGAGUUUACGUGUGGGUACUUUCUCUCACGCUUCAGAUGUCUGGAUGUUUGGUAUCACAUUGUGGGAAAUGUUCACUUACUGUGAGGAGCCCUGGCUGGGGCUGUCUGGCAGACAGAUCUUAUAUCGUGUCGAGCGGGAAGGUGAGAGGUUGGAUAGGCCUUCAGACUGUCCGCAGGAGUUAUAUUCUGUGAUGCGUAAAUGUUGGGCCUGCAGUCCUGCUGACCGACUGACCUUCUCUCAGCUCUCCACCAUGGUAGCAGAG